CCCCAUCCCCAUCCUUGGAAACCUCUGGCAACUGGGUUUUCAGCUGCACCCGGAUUCACUGCUCCAGGGCACAGGGAGCCUGUGACGUGACACCCGCUGGGACGAAUGCCGGCUGUGGGAACCCGGGGUUUGGCUUGUCGGAUGAAUGGCGAGUGUUCUGAAAAGGUGCACCCGAGAUGAGUAUUGGGUGCGAGAAGCUGGCGCAGGCUCAUGGCAACGUGUUCACCGUGUGGGUGGGCCUGACGCCCGUGGUGGUGCUGAGCGGCUGCCGGGUGCUGAAGGAAGCCCUGGUCUCCAACUGGGAGCAGUUCUCAGGCCGGCCCCUCACCCCGCUCUUCCGGGACCUGUUUGGAGAAAGAGGGAUCAUCUGCAGCAACGGGCACGUGUGGCGGCAGCAGAGACGCUUCUGCCUGGCGACGCUUCGGGGGCUGGGCCUAGGCAAGCUGGCGCUGGAGCUGCAGCUGCGGGAAGAGGCAGCAGAGCUGGCUGGGGCCUUCCACCAGGAGCAGGGUAGACCCUUCGACCCCCAGGUAGCCAUUGUCAGGUCCACGGCCAGAGUCAUCGGGGCCCUCGUGUUCGGCUACCGCUUCCCCUUGGAGGAUCCCUUCUUCCAGGAAAUGAUUCAAGCUAUCGACUUUGGCCUGGCCUUUGUCAGCACCAUUUGGCGCCGGAUUACUGUGGGAGUGUGGCGAGUUUCCAGACGACAAGCAGUCCUGGGAUGGCUGUGUCAGAGGUCCCAGACCACGUGGGCACCCCCAGCACCACGCUCAGCUGCCCUGACUCAGGGCCAGCACCUGAGCAGCCCCUGGGCGGGGCCUCUUCCCCCACAGCUGUACGACCUGUUCCCCUGGGCCUUCUGCCACCUCCCAGGCCCCCACCCGAAGACGUUUAGGUACCAGAAGGCCGUGCGGGGCUAUAUCUGCCAGGAGAUCGGCAGACACAAACUCAGGACACCUGAGGCCCCCAGGGACUUCAUCAGCUGCUGCCUGGCCCAGAUCACUAAGGUGGGCCUGGAACUGCUGCAGAAGGGGGGCGGAGGGGAGGAGCAGCGGGGGCUAGCUUCCCGACCGCAUGUCCUUUCAAGGCCAUGGCCUCCGUCUCUCAUCCUGGCCUCCGUUUUUCAGCGCACGCUGAAGCAGCAGCCAUUUGGAUUUUUUAACGCCCUCUCUUUUCUCAGGCCAGUGCUGGCUCCUGCAGACAUGGGUAGGGUGGGAAGCAGGGGACCUGGCGGACGUCAGGGCAGUUCCUCCCUCAGCAGGCAGCACAGGUUUGGAACUCAUGCCCUCCUGACUCCCGAGGAGUUCUGGUCCCACACGUCUAGGGACAGGCAAGGCAACAGCCGGGGAGACACCAAGGCUCUGUGAGAGGAGAGCUUCCGGCCCAGAGCUGCUCUCCCCAGCAUCCGUCACCCGCCCACCAGGCCAUGGACCACCCUGUCUCCGCAUUCGGUGAAGAGAACCUGACCCAGGUCUUGCUGGACCUGCUUCUGGGAGGCGUCGACACCACAGCCACCACCCUGCGCUGGGCGCUCAUCUACACGGUCCAGCACGCAGACAUGCGGGGCAAGGGGGCCGUGGUUACACCCUGCUGACUGCCCGUGCCCAUCACACCUGCUGUGGGCUUCUGGGCUGAAGGCACCUGUCCCCAUCACUGUCUUUGGUCUGUGGCCCCUGGAGUGGGUCCUGCUACCACAACUGUGGUACAGGAAGUGUUCAUGGCUUUGAAUCAGAUGGAGGGAGUAAGAGGGUUGGGCCUUCUAUUCCCACCCUGUUACAUAGUGAGCGAUCCUGGGUAAGUAAUUGAAUCACUUAGAACCAGGGUGGAAUGUGGCAACAUUAUUUCACUCAUUCAGUAACGGUUCCGCAGCUACUAAAUGCCAGGCCCUGUGUUAAUGUCCGCUCAAGAUCACAGAGGAAGCAAAGGUGGCUAGAGUUCUCUCAGGGACACACUGACCAUGACCUAAGUUCAAAUCCUGGUUCCACCAGUUUUGUGAUCUUCAGCAAAGUACCUGUCCUGUUGCAGCCUCGGUGUUCCUGUCUGUAAAAUGGAGACAACAGUUCCUACCCCGUAGGACUCUUUGUAUAUAGAACACCCGGCACAUAGUGGGUAUUCAAAUCUGGGUCCUUCCUCUUCCCUCAAGUCUGCCCUGGAGAAGCAAAUCCUGCAAAAUCCUGUUCAUAAGCUCUGCCUCAGAGAGGGCCUGCCACUGUGGGAUGAGCGGAGGCUGCGUGGGGUGGCGCCACCUAGGGGCCAUGAGCCCCCGUGGCUGCCUCUGGGUGGAGACCAGGACAGUGGCGUGUGGUGGGGAGGCUGGGCUGCAGCCUCUCCCCAGCCUCACAUGGAGCCGCCCGCAGAGAGGGUGCAGCGGGAACUGGACACCGUGCUGGGUACUCCCCUGCCGUCCACUAUGAGGACCGCAAGCGACUGCCCUACACUCACGCAGUCCUUCACGAGGUACAGCGCCUCUGCAGCAUCGUGACCGUGGGCGCCGUGCGCCAGUGCAUGACCUCCACCCGUGUGCACGGCUACUCUGUGCCCAAGGUAGGUGGCCCCAAGUGUGACCUCGUGCCUGAUCCAGCGCCUGCAGAAAGCACCCUUCGCUGGGCAUCCUGCCCAGCACAGCCACCUGCUUCAGCUUCUGCCUGUCUGCUAGCUCUCGGUCAAUCAUCCAUCCAUCCAUCCAUCCAUCCAUCCAUCCAUCCAUCCAUCUCCUUCUAUGGCAUUCUGGACAGAGGGUUAUGAUUGUGAAAGAAUAUACUCAUUUAGGAAUAUUUUUAAAUGUUCCAUAUUGUUCAGAAGUAACCCUUGCAGACAUUUUAAUGCACCUCUUUCCAAUCUUUUUUGUCCACAUAUAUUUUACACAGCUGUGAUUAUGCUGAACGUAUAACUCUGAAUCCUUCAUUUCAGUUAACUUACCAUUCUGAUUCUUCUACAUUACUGGUUCUCAAACUUCCAGUUGCAUCAGAAUCACCUGCAGGGCUUGCUAAAAUGGACAUUGGUGGGUGCCAUUCCCAGAGUAUUGGGGGUGAGGCCUGAGAAUUUGCCUUUCUAACAGGUUCUCAAGUGGUGUUGAUGCUUUGGGUUCUGGGACCACAUUCUAAAAACCACUGUUCCACAUCACUCUUUAAAAAAAAAAAAUUAUUUAUUUAUUUAUUUGGCUGCACUGGAUCUUAGUUGCAACACGCAGAUCUUCAUUGCCCUGUGAGGGAUCUUUAGAUGCGGCAUUCGGGAAUCUUUUAGUUGCCACAUGCAGGCUCUUAGUUGUGACAUGCAGGAUCUAGUUCCCUGACCAGGGAUCGAACCUGGGCCCCCUGUACUGGGAGCUAGGAGUCUUAACCACUGGACCACCAAGGAAGUCCCCCACAUCACUCUUAAUGGCUGCAUAAUGUUCCCCCAAGUGGAUGUUUCGUAGUUCUUAACCUUAUUGGUGAAUAUAGGCUAUUUGCAAUUUAUGUGCCUUAGGCUUGGUCUGCAUUUUGUGUUAUGUCCUUAGAACCAAUUUCUAGUAGAAAUGCCUGUCUCGUUUCUUUCAUCUUAUAACUAGGUUAAGAGAACAAGUACUGACUAAAGAGAGAUAGAGGAAUAAAUUUAAAUCAAACUAUUCAGGUCAAGAACAACUGUAUAUGUACAUAAAACUCGAAUCUGAGCUUCCUUGGAGUCAAGGCAAAAAAGGAAAUCCCAAUUAGCUAUGACUCUGAUUCUGUAAUAAAAGGAAGCAUGCCCAUAUCAGGAACACUUUGGCUUAUCACCCUCCAAGAAAUUAUUGUGAAGAUUAUCAUUGGUAAUACCUUUUUGAGGGCCAGUGGACAAUGUAUUGGGUGGUGCCUUAAGUAGGAGUUUUAAACAAUACAGAAAUAUUCUUCCUAAUGGUAGCUUCUCAUUAUCUCAAACAUAUUUAUUUAUUUAUUUAUUGGCUGUGUUGGGUCUUCAUUGCUACACAAGGGCUUUCUCUAGUUGCGGAGAGAGGUAGCUACUCUUCGUUGCAGUGCGUGGGCUUCUCACUGUGGUGGCUUCUCUUAUUGUGGAGCACAGGCUUAGUUGCUCUGAGGCAUGUGGGAUCUUCUUGGACCAGGGAUUGAACCCACGUCCCCUGCAUUGGCAGGCGGAUUCUUAACCACUGCGCCACCAGGGAAGUCCCCUGGAACCCCUUUUAAACAAUGAAAGUUUAACGUGAACACAUUUCUGCAUGGAGUCAAAAAAAUAGUUUGUAGCUCUCUGGUAAUCCAGCUUGAGACAGGUUUCUGGGCCAGCUUCUGAUACGAACUGGAUGAUAACAUAAUAAUUCCUGCUCUCUGCCAACCCUUAACUGAGUGCUAAGAGCUUUGUGCCCACUACAGCAUUCAGUCAUCACAAUGACUGACUGCCAUGCAGAUCCUAGACAGAAGAUGUUUAUUGAAUUAGUUGUCUCUCUCUCGCUAUGUAAUAAAUCACCCCAAAACUUAGGAACUUACAACAGUAUUUCUGUGGGUCAGGGAUCUGACUUUCUGUGCGUCAGGGAUCUAGGUGCAGCUUAUCUGGAUACCUCUGAUUCAAGGUCUCUCAUGAUGUUACAAUGAAGCUGUUGGCUGGGGCUGCCGUCUCAUCUGAAGAUUCCAUGGGGAGCGUCCACUGUAAAUGCACUUGCAGUGCUAUCUUCAGGAUUCAGUUGCUCUUGGGCUGUUAGCUGGAGGCCACCCUCAGUUCCUCGACACUGGGCCUCUCCAGAGGGCAGCUGAAAAUAGAGCCGCUGACCUCCAUUACAGAGAGCAAGUGAGAAGACAGAAGCUAUAGUCUUUCUGUAACCUAAUCUCAGACGUGAUAUCUGAUCACUUUUGCCAUAUUCUGUUUGCUAAAAGUGAGUCGCUAGAGCUAGCCCACCCUCAAGGGGAGAGGAUUUCAGGGGGAGUGAAUGCCAGGCAUCAAGAAUCAUUUUGGGAGCAGGGUGUCAUUUUAAAGGAAAGGUAGCACAGUUGUAUAGGUGGCAAGGUUGCCAUUUUAAUGACGAUGAAACAGAGUCACUCAUCUUGGUGCCCUGUGCAUGAACGUGAUGGCCAGAACCCCAAGACUUUCCUCAGAAAGGGACUUCAGCUCAGCACUGAUGCUCCAGCCUGUCCUUGGUGGAAGCCUCCGUGAUACAAGGUGAUACACCAUGAAAACAAUGGGUGAGAAGUCAUGGGGGCCCAAUUUUCUUCAUCAUGAGAAUCUUUGUUCAACUCUUACAGGCCAUAGUUCAGGGCAGACUUGACUGCAAGGGCCUGCCAUAAUGUGAUUAUUAAAUUCUUAUUAAUUUCAUCAGACUUGAGGUUCCUGCCUCCAUGCAUUUUUUUUCUUCAUUAAUAUUCCUGCCAAUUUGAUUCCAGGGGUUGUGCUGUGAUAAGAGCUCCAGGGAACCAUUAACAGCCUGGAAUCAAUAUCAAGCUUUUCCAACUUGGGCACGAGAUGUCUUCUGAAAGCAGAACCAAAACUUGACAGUAGAUCGUUAAACGUUACAGAUAUUCCUAAACUGUUCUUAACCAUUCUAUCAGUCAAAUGACAGCGACAACAGCAAUGGUCUCUAAUACAGAGGUGGCACUUCGAGCCUGUCUCUCCUCAGACAUCCUGUUUGAUUAUAAACUCCAAGCUGCCAUUUACUGGGAAGAAGUUGGGCUAGAGUCCCCAGGAAGUACCCAGCAGGCAGAUGGUUCUGUAAUUUGGAGGUGAGGAUGCUUGCCCUUGUUGUAUACUGGAUAGGCUACGGUCUGAGCCUGUCCCGCAAAUUAAGAUCAGUCAGUCGCUUUGCAAGGAGUCCAGAACAUCACCCAGAACAGGAUAUAAAU